AUGAUAGAUGUCGCAAAGUUUACGCAUGAAGCAAAGACACCGCUCCGAGUUCUAGUCACCGGUGCCGCCGGACAAAUUGGUUACUCACUAGUGCUUCAAAUCGCUAAAGGAGAUGUGUUCGGAAAGGAUACCCCACUUGUUCUUGUUUUGCUCGAUAUUCCUCCUAUGGCUAGCGCACUCGAAGGGGUAAAGUUUGAACUGCAGGAUUGUGCGCUGCCGAACCUCAUUGGUAAGCUACAUAGACUUAUUUUGUUAGAGGAGUUGCACGGGAAGGGGGAGAGGGAGUCCACAGGUGCUAUCUAUGGCCCUUUCCAAGUACGGUAUAGGGUAUUGUUCGGUAACGAGAGAUAGUU